GAAGCGACGGCCGCAGCAGCGACGGCAGCGGGCGGCAGGCCAAGAUGGCGUUCGCCCUCAAAGCGUCCCGAUAGAAUAUGGCGGGCACACCUAACAAUGGCAAACACUACUGCCGACGACGACGACGACGGGCGGAAAGUAGCAAGGAGGCGCCCAGCACAUCAUCCUCGACAAUGUUCAAAACGCUGAAUGUGUCAGAGGUGUGCAUGUGGUUCUACUCUCCGGCCGGGUGUGCUGCUUUGGGCCUGGUCGCAUGCACCGUGGCGGCCAAUCACUUCGCUAGGAGUGAAAUUCGUGCUCGGAUUCGCUCGAACUGAUUGCUUUUCGAGCGGUACCUACAUAUGUAUGACAAUGUAUUUUCAC